AUCUCUCCAGCCAAGGAUUUUUAUUAUGCACUGGAAGAAACAAGUAACAGGAGGGAGUCAAACCAUUUAAUUAAACACAAAUAUACAAAAGUUAAAUGCACCUAUACAAUUUGGAAAUAGACUCUAAGUUAAAAUUACAGUUGCUUCUGAGGAGAUUAUACAAAGACGGUUGAUAUAGACUUUAGAUAUGGUAAAUAAUAAUGAUUAAUUCUGAGUGAUGGACCUAUGAGUAUAGAUAUGCUAUUCUUUUUUGUUUUUAACUAAAAGAACUGAUGAUUUUAUUUUCCCAAUAAAAGUGAAAACCACACUUUUUUGGUACCACUUCUCCCUGAAAAAAAUAUCCUCUCUGUUAGGAAGUGAAGUUUCCUUGUCAUUCAUUUAGUAAACACUCAGGCUCAUCACCAAGAUCUCUUGGUGAAACAGAACAAGAAUACAAAACGAUCAAGAGCGCUUCUGCUCUUAUCUGUCUGGCCAGGUCAUGCCAGGCCGUGUGGGCACCAUCAUAGGGUGGGCGGGAGGUCUCAUCAUUGGAGGCCCAAGCAUCAUGGGCAUGUGGCCUCCCAUGGGUGGUCUCAUCCCAGGAGCUGGUCCCACAAGCAUCAUACCAGGAGGAGGGGGACCCAUCAUUGGCAUCAUGGGAGGGCCUCCCAUGUGGGGUGCAGGCUUCAUGCCAGGCCAGGGAGGACCCCGGAGACUGGGGGGAGGUGGGAUCAUGGCCCCUGCAGGCAGAGGAGCAGAAAACAGAGCAGGAGGGAUCUUUCCUUGUUGAAAUGCAGCUGUUGUUUUGUCAUUCAGGCUCUGGGCCUGUUCUUCCAUCCGUUUCUGGUAAGUCUUUCACAUUCUCUUUGUGUCUCUGACCACUGCAGUGUGUCUUCCUCACAGUCAGAGAAUCUCGGGUAAAACACUACCACAUGGAUGCUCACAGUCAUCUAUAAGAUGGAAUACAGGGCCCCCAAUGGAGGAGCUAGAGAAAGCACCCAAGGAGCUGAAGGGGUCUGCAACCCUAUAGGUGGAACAACAAUAUGAACUAACCAGUACCCCCAGAGCUUGUGUCUCUAGCUGCAUAUGUAGGCCAUCAUUGGGAAGAGAGGCCCCUUGGUCUUGCAAACUUUAUAUACCCCAGUACAAGGGAAAGCCAGGGCCAAGAAGUGGGAGUGGGUGGGUAGGGGAGCAGGACAGGGGCAGGGGGAGGGUAUAGGGGACUUUCAGGAUAGCAUUUGAAAUGCAAAUGAAGAAAAUAUCUAAUAAAAAAUUGAAGGAAAAAAAAAAAAAGACACGUACCACAGUAGUCACAAAAACAAAACAAAACAAAAACCAAAAAACAAAACCUUAGGCAUGUUGCUCAACAAGCUGUUGGUCACCCGGGUCCUCACCACCAGGAACACAGGCUCAGAUAUGCUAUUCUUUUACUUUGUAGUGUCCUCAAAAUUUUUUGCUUAAUUCAAACUUUACUGUUACUAUGUUUAAGUAACAGUUUUUGUUCCUGUCUCAUGGUCUUUUAAUCAUGCUUGUCAACAACUGAUUAAAUCAAAGUAACACACUGGCUGAUUCAAAAUCAAAUGUUCUUUUCUUCCCUAUUGUCUAUCAUCAUUUUCCUUUCUAUUUUAAAAAUUCAAUAUUCUUCAAGCAACUUUCAUUUUUUAAGAAUUAUGGCAGGUGAUAAUCAUCCCUUACUUAGAAAUGAUUUCUGUCUUUACAAAUCUAUUAGUGGAGUCAAGGAGACUGACAUUAAAGAAGACACACACAGGCGUACUUGUGCGUGUGCACGCACACACACACACAAUUCUGAAAAGAAUGGGCAUUAUGAAAGCCCAUGACUGUGGUAGGUGAUUCAUUUAAGAUUCAUUUAAGCAGAGACUGAUACUUCAUAAUAAUUCAAUUAUACUUGCAGAAAUAAUAUCAUAUUAUUUCUGAAAUAUUAUUUUUGAAAAUGUUUAUGAAAGAAGCAAUUGACCACAUAUUUAAUUCUUACAUGCUAUAUGCACAGAUAUUGUUGUCAGCUUCCUUUUACAAAUCAUGAGUCGUGAUUAGCACCACACGACCAUUAAGAGCGAUUCACAUCUAGGUUAUAGCCGGAGCUCUUUUCUUCAGAGAUUACUGCAAAACCAAACUAAUUUGGCUGCAGUCUACCUUCUCUUAUUCGUUCUUUGUACUACUCUCUCUAGCUGAACUCAGCUAUAGGAUGUUUUCUAAUACAGUUCCUGGAACUUUUUAAAAGUUGUAGUGAUUAUGUCACAACUCCGUGUUUAUGAAGAAGUUACUGUUGAAGUUGUCACUCGUGAGUACCCACUAAUGUACCUGGGUGAGGGGACACCACAGUGAAGAAAAUGGACAUGACCUUCAUUGUUAUGGAGUUAGGCAGUUAGACAUCAAAUAACAAAAGACGCAUUAAAUUUUAGGUAAAUUCAGGGGAAUGAAUAGAAGACGGACAAGAAAAACAUGAAAAUCCUAAUUUAAACCCGAGGUAAGGGAUCAGAGAAUUCUAUCAGAAACUACACAAAAGUGUUGGUUCCUCCCCCCCCCCCCGCCCCCUGUAGGAUGCAAGGUGCUAAACCCCUCAAAGAACCCCACGAGGGUGCUGCUGCCUCAGCAGUGAGGUCCUGGCGCCCCAUUGUUCGGACUGGCUGAUGGACUUAGCCAGUUUCUGAGCCGGCGGGGACGCCGAUGCUGUCCUAUAUUGUGACACGGGGAGAGUUUUCAUCCCGCGAACUUUUUGAUUCUACCCUCUACUCCCACCCGGUGGCUUCCUUCUUAGCAUCUUUCUGCUUGGUUGGUGCCCCUUGGGUUGCGACAGUCGCUUGUCCGUUCUGUCUGCUGCAGGAGCCUCACUGGAGUUGUUUCCUCUCCUCAUGCCCCUCAAGCCUGUUACUUCAUGGCGACAGCUGGCGGCCGGGUCUUUUCAUUUGGCCACGCGGCCAUCCUCGCCCGCCCGCAGGUGCGCCGGAGGCACCUGGUGCCGGGCGCUCCUCGUCCUUGGCGGCCCGCGGCCCCGCACGAGCGCUCGGAUUGUGUUCCGGGCUGGCUGCGCCCGGAGCGCGCCCGCAGUCUGUGCUCGCCCCCGCGUCUCCUCGCGCCCGCGGCGGCCCCGGACGGCGCGCGUCGCCUCGCGCUGGUCCUCAGGCCAACCAGCGCCGGCCCGAGCGGCGCGAGCACGGGACCGGCGCCCCGGCUUCCCACUCGGGCCGGCGGGCUCGUGGGUUCGUUCGCCCCGCCCCCUCCCCACAGCGCCGCCGCUGGGCGCUUGCGCGGGGCGCGUGGCCGUGGCUGGGGUCUCCGCCGCAGCCCGAGCAGCCGCCUCCGCCUCAAUCAGUCAGUCAGUCAGUCCCCAGCAAUGGCGGAAGGAGGUGAGCGAGAGGAGCUGCUUUCGCCGCCGCCGAUCUCUCCGGCCAAGAGGCUGUGCUCUUGGCCCAGCCCGCAAGCUCACCACCCCCGCGGGACUCCCGGGGCAGCCGGCGGAGGGGCGGGGGGCGGCGGCGGCGGCUGCCUGGCCCCCGGGGCCCGCCCCCACCUGCAGCCGGAGUCCUUGCUGGACUGCGCCGCCAAGACGGUGGCGGAAAAGUGGGCGUACGAGCGGGUGGAGGAGCGCUUCGAGCGGAUCCCGGAGCCGGUGCAGCGCCGCAUCGUCUACUGGUCCUUCCCGCGGAAUGAGCGGGAGAUCUGCAUGUACUCCAGCUUCCAGUACCGGGGCGGCCCGGGAGCCGGCGCGGCUGCCGGCGCGGCGGGGGCUUCGCCGGUCGAGGAGGGGCCGCCGCCACCCCCCGGGGCCGCCGCUCCGGCCGGCUCCGCCCCCGGGGCCGCCGGGGCGGGCUCGUCCCCCGGGCUGGGCGCUGGGACUGGAACGGCGAGCGGCGGCUGCGGCGGCGGCGAGGGGCUGCCGUUCCGCCGGGGCAUCCGUCUGCUGGACAGCGGCUCCGUGGAGAACGUGCUUCAAGUCGGCUUCCAUCUGAGUGGCACAGUCACGGAACCAGCCAUGGCUUCUGAGCCAGCAGUGACUUACAAGGUUGCCAUCAGCUUUGAUCGAUGCAAAAUCACGUCUGUGAGCUGCGGCUGUGGGAAUAAGGACAUAUUCUACUGUGCUCACGUGGUAGCACUCUCUCUCUACCGGAUCCGGAAACCAGACCAGGUCAAACUUCGUCUUCCUAUCUCAGAAACCCUUUUCCAGAUGAACAGGGACCAGCUACAGAAGUUUAUUCAGUAUUUAAUCACAGCACACCACACUGAAGUUCUUCCUACUGCACAAAAGCUGGCAGAUGAGAUUCUGUCCUCCAACUCAGAAAUCAACCAAGUGAAUGGCGCCCCUGACCCCACAGCUGGGGCCAGCAUCGAUGAUGAGAACUGUUGGCACUUGGAUGAAGAACAAGUGAAAGAACAAGUGAAGCUCUUUCUCUCCCAGGGGGGUUACUAUGGCUCUGGGAAGCAGCUCAACUCAAUGUUUGCCAAGGUUCGAGAGAUGCUUCGAAUGAGAGAUUCUAAUGGAGCCAGGAUGCUGACACUUAUCACUGAGCAAUUUAUGGCUGAUCCACGCCUCACACUCUGGAGGCAGCAAGGAACAAGCAUGACAGACAAGUGCAGGCAGCUCUGGGAUGAGCUAGACUCUUUAUCCAGACCAAGACGAACAGUCUUCACUAGAGCCAUUGAAGGUCGUGAGUUGCAUUGGCAGGACAGCCACCUACAACGAAUAAUCAGCAGUGGGAUCUAUACAGCUCCUGCCUGCCAGCGGGAAAAUGAGCGACUACUCUUUAAUUCCCAUGGCCAGCCACUGUGGCUUGAGCAUGUGCCUACAGCCUGUGCUCGGGUUGAUGCACUGCGAUCUCAUGGGUAUCCAAAAGAGGCUCUCAGACUCACGGUGGCCAUCAUUAAUACUCUGAGGUUGCAGCAGCAGCGGCAGCUAGAGAUCUACAAACAUCAGAAGAAAGAGUUGUUGCAGAGAGGAACGACAACAAUCACAAACCUGGAGGGCUGGGUGGGCCAUCCCCUGGAUCCCAUUGGCUGCCUGUUUCUCACUUUGACUGAAGCCUGCCGCCUGAAUGAUGACAGCUACAUGGAGAUGUCAGAUAUGAAUGAAAGCAGACUUCCUGUGUACCAGCAUGUACCUGUGGCUUCAGGCUGCCCAAACAGCAAUGAGUCGUACCUGUCACUGGCCCUGGAGGUUGCUCUGAUGGGCAUGGGACAACAGAGAGUGAUGCCUGAAGGCCUCUAUGCACAGGACAAGGUGUGCCGUAAUGAGGAGCAACUCCUGAGCCAACUCCAGGAACUGCAGCUGGAUGAUGAGCUAGUCCAGACCCUGCGCAAACAGUGCAUCUUACUGCUGGAGGGAGGCCCCUUCAGCGGCCUCGGAGAAGUCAUCCACCGGGAGAGUGUUCCCAUGCACACCUUUGCAAAGUAUCUGUUCUCAGCUCUGCUGCCUCAUGAUCCAGACCUGUCUUACAAGUUAGCCUUACGCGCCAUGAGGUUACCUGUGCUAGAAAACUCGUCUUCCGCAGGCGACACGUCCCACCCCCAUCACAUGGUGUCUGUGGUACCCAGCCGCUAUCCUCGCUGGUUCACGCUCGGACACUUAGAGUCACAGCAGUGUGAACUGGCCUCCACCAUGCUGACUGCUGCCAAAGGAGACACGCUGAGGCUACGAACUCUUCUGGAAGCGAUACAGAAGCACAUCCAUUCUCCCUCCCUCAUCUUCAAACUAGCUCAAGAUGCAUUCAAGAUUGCUACUCCCACGGACAGCAGCACAGACGGCACUCUGCUCAACGUGGCCCUGGAGCUGGGGUUACAGGUGAUGCGGAUGACCUUAUCAACCCUUAAUUGGAGGCGCCGAGAGAUGGUUCGAUGGCUGGUUACUUGUGCUACAGAAGUGGGUGUGCGGGCCCUGGUGAGCAUCUUGCAGAGCUGGUACACACUCUUCACCCCGACUGAGGCUACAAGUAUUGUGGCUGCCACAGCCGUAUCCCACACCACUAUCCUGCGCCUCAGCCUUGACUACCCACAGCGGGAGGAACUGGCUAGCUGUGCUCGCACACUGGCCCUACAGUGUGCUAUGAAGGAUCCACAGAGCUGUGCCUUAUCAGCUCUUACACUUUGUGAGAAAGACCACAUUGCCUUUGAGGCAGCCUACCAGAUUGCCAUUGAUGCUGCUGCCGGUGGCAUGACUCAUUCACAGCUGUUCACCAUUGCCCGCUACAUGGAGCUCCGUGGCUACCCGCUACGUGCCUUCAAGCUGGCCUCACUAGCCAUGAGCCAUCUUAACCUGGCCUACAACCAGGACACCCAUCCAGCCAUCAAUGAUGUGCUCUGGGCUUGUGCUCUCAGCCACUCUCUGGGCAAGAAUGAACUGGCAGCUCUCAUCCCCCUGGUGGUGAAGAGUGUGCACUGUGCCACAGUGCUUUCUGAUAUCCUGCGUCGGUGCACAGUGACUGCCCCAGGCCUGGCAGGCAUCCCAGGCCGCCGCAGCUCCGGAAAGCUCAUGUCAACAGACAAAGCCCCACUGCGCCAGCUACUGGAUGCAACCAUCAAUGCCUACAUCAACACCACACACUCCCGUCUGACACACAUCAGUCCCCGCCACUAUGGAGAGUUCAUUGAGUUUCUGAGCAAAGCUCGUGAGACCUUCCUACUGCCCCAGGAUGGUCACUUGCAAUUUGCCCAAUUCAUUGACAACCUCAAACAGAUAUACAAAGGCAAGAAGAAGCUGAUGCUGUUGGUUCGGGAGCGCUUUGGCUGAGAAAGUGGAUCACUUGCUGCUAGGGCAGCCUGAGCUUCCAGGUCAGGACAAGGACUCUGAAACAUCUGUCUACCCUGAGAGGACUCAGUACCACAGACCUAAGGAUGGGAAGAGUCUGACAUUCGCCAGUAUUCCUGCCUUGGCAAGCUUCUCACUCCAGCUCUACAGUUCCUGAGGAGCUGGACCCUGCAGACCGGUCAGAAGCCCCCCCACAACAUGUCACCUCACGCCCCUAUAUCCUGCGUGUCCUGGCCAUUGGCCCCACUCCCUUGGCAAACACAGAACACUGUUCCGUCUCAGGGAUUGCUUAACCAGAGAAAACAGAAGCAUUUAUGGUACUGUAAAUACUAUAGUAUAUGUGUCGUCAAGCAUUGUAAAGCUGUAACUAUUUAUAAUUCCGACUCUGAUUUGACGGGCACUUAAAGUAGCUGUGGGUGGGAGAAUAGGCUUGUUUUCUGAGGAGACUCACAACCAUUUCUCAGGUUUCCCGUACAGAGUAUAUGCUGUUGGCAGUGGAUAAGUGGGGGCGGCAGGGAGAAAAAUGGACAGUUAAAAUCCAAGUCUUAUAUGUCAGAAACUGUGGCCUGAAGAUAGGACACCUAGCCUAAUGGUCAUUGAGGGGCAGAGGUCAAGAGUGGCUUAGAUAUUUGUCUCACAACGUUGUGAACACAGAAGCUCCGGCCUCUGCCUCACACACUCCAGGAGCCUGAUGAACACCUGAAUAACAAGUGCAGGGAGAAGACGAAGGUCCAGGAAGCCGCUGAGCUUACAAGAUACAUCUGCUCUGGUCACCUUUAUGUUAGAGAAUCUGCUCUCAUCUCCAGUGUGUAUGUGUGUAUGAACAUGUGUCUGUGUACAAAGAUACACGUGUGCAUGCCUGUGUCAGUUCUGUUAAUUGUGUGACAUGUGUUAGACUGGGUUUCAUUUGUGAGUGAUAACACAUACCUAAGUGUUAAGUGUACUCAUGUCUUCAUGUUUAGUGUAUGUGUGUAUCUAGGCUCACACGGGUACCUAUGUGUAAACAUGUUUGUCUCUGAAGGUAUGCCUGCUGACCAUGAUGUGUCUUUAUGCGAGUGGUCUCUACGUGUAGUCUGUCAGUGUCUUCACACUUGAGGCUCUGCAUGAGUGUGCCUUCCGCCAACUCUCUCUUGCCCAUCCGUCCCUUAGUCUCUUGCUAGCUGAGCACUGUUAUGCAUCCUGUGCCUCCUCUGUUUACCUUCUCUCAGCAAACACGUUUCUAAGCACGUGUCCCUCUGCUCUUAAGACUGGCCACUUUUGCUCCAUAGUUCUUUUUUUACACAAACGUGUUUUCUUCCUCCAACUCUCUACCUCAAACUUCCUCUGCCUACUCUCAUCAUAAUCUCAUUGGUAGCUCACUCGGAGGCUGAGGCUGGUAUUCCUUUAGCCUUGCCCUUCCUAGUUUCUAGUUCUAGCGGAUAAGCCCCAUCUUAGCCCAUGCUGACCUCCACAGUGUAUCACGUUUGUACUACUUCAUGACCCCUAUGCUUAGCCUGGAAUUAUAGGAGGUAGCAAGGGCAUUCAGAAGACUCAGUUGGAUACAGGUGUCUUCGGUGUUUACUGUUUUGUCUUAGUUCCUGAGUUGGGUGGGGUUUGAUAGGGAAGGGGUGGUGUAGUUAGAGAAUGAACUGAGGACCUUUCUGUCUGACUGACUUUAUUUUUCUCUUUGAAACCUACUUGUCAUCUUUUUUAUUCCAAGCUGACCAGUAAGUUGUAUUCGCUGUUCGUGGCUACUAAUAAAUGUGUUACUGUCCAGCCAAGGGCCCCUACACUGUCUCAGCCCAAUGGGUUGGCAAAAAAAGGAGAAGCCACUCCCAUUUCUGUAUCAUGAUUGCCCUUUUUUAGCAAGUAUGUGAACUCAGUGCUUUUCUAUGAAUAAAUCAUGGCUCACAGAAAUGAUUUUUCUAAAAGCA